AUGACUAGACGGGGCGUUGAGGCGUUGGAGUCCGAGCUUCUCGAUGUCUUCCGAAAUAUCUACAACUUCAAGGUGGACAACUUCAAGAUUCCUUCCGUCGGAUCGCAACGGGCCUUACUAGACCGGCUGGACGCUUGGUGUGGGCGCAACGAUGGAGAUGGAACUUUAAGAAUUAUUGUUUAUUCUGGGCAUGCAGCACUCUCAGGAACAAUAGCAAGUGACUGGUACCUGGCUGGCCGGACGGAUCAACAUGGGCACCUGCAGGGCCCAACCCUCAACUGGUGGGCAGUCCGGUCUUUUAUUGAGCAACACAGUGGCGACACAUGCUAUAUCUUUGACUGUUGCUCAGCGGGGUCCAGAGCUUUAGGCGACCACGACGGGUCGGAAUUUAUGGCGGCGUCGGGUUGGGAGGGGACCUCAACGGCAAAUCCUACCUACUCUUUAACCCAGGUCCUGAUCGAGACACUCCGUGAUCUUAAUGGCCGACCUGAAACCCUCGCUGGCAUCUACACACAAGUCUUUCGUUUCGCACACCAAAACCAAGUCGGCGCUUCGCCCGUUUAUGUCCCAAAGCGAGGAUCACCAAGCGUGACGCUGAGCCGCGAACCUCCUCGCGAGAUACGCCGGAGGAGCCUGGAGCGAAAGAGUCGUCGAGUGUUGAUUCAAGUCCGAGUUCGAAAUGACAUGCCCCACGACUACGCCCAAUGGAGCGCCUGGCUAGCCCACUACAUCCCUCCUGAUGUGGUGUGGGCCGAUGUGACAGUUGAAGGGAUUUUUACAGGCUCCACCAUUCUCCUUCUCACCCUCCCUGUUGAAGUUUGGGCCAUGAUGCCCCGCAAUGACCCGGCAUACAGCUUCGUUGCGCAUGUCACCUCCCACAAUAUCAUCUCAUCGGCACAGACCACAACACUUCCCACACGCCCCUCGUUGCUGUCUGGCACGGAGAACCAGCGCCCCUAUGGCUUAUGGGAAAGGCUAUUCGAUGGCAACCGAAAACAUUGA